UGCGCAGGCGUGAGAGACUUGGGUCAAAUCGAGGCGACGAGGAUUAUUAUCGAGUUGGUGAAUUAACCUCCGUCAGUGCAAACCCGAACACCGCGCGAGGCGCACACAGUCGAGUGUCAGAAGCAAGAGAGAGACGAAACGAACAAGUGGGCUUAUUCUGAUUCGCUACUCGUGAGACUUACACAGCAGAAGUAGGACACGCGUAGGAAGUUUACUUUCAGUUUGAAAUAGUUUGAUAUUCUCAACGUGCUUGGAAGUCGUGAAAAACCUGUAUCUUCAUCGUGGUAUGGCUCAAGUUUUACCUCCGAAUAUUCCAUCUUUACCUACGGAGAGGAUCGAAGAUCAAAUUGUCCCAGAUACGGAUGAUUUGUUUUUCGAGCCUUUACCGGAGCAACAAGUGCAAAAUGCUGUCGGCGUGCUAGACAAAUACCUCCCCCCAGGGGACAUGCCCCAGACGCCGCUGCAUCUGAAAAAGACGCGCAGAGAAAGCGCCUCCGUCAUCGACGAGUUCUUCUUCCCUGACCCAGUCAAGCCAAGCGUCCUGAAAACAGCGCCUUCCUCGACCACCAGCUCCACCACCGCAUUCGCCACUUCCCUCAACGCGCCGUCAGCGAAAACCGGCAGGAUGCUCACGUCGGCGGAGAAGCAAGCUCUUUUCUCCGAGGAGGAGAACGCCAGGAGACAAAGCUCCAGCCUCGUGGAGGAGUUCUUCGGGCUUGGAGGAACCCCGGACGACAGCAAAAGCGCCGCCGUGUUGGCCGCUGUGGAGAAGCUGUUUGUCAAGCGGGAGCCUUCAGGGAUGGAGGCCUUGGAGACAGAAGCGAUGGAGGUCUUCGACAUUGACUCUACCAUGUACGACUCAGUGAUGGCGCCCACCUCCGGCGUGAAUCUGACGCCGUUCUUGGCGGGGGAUUCUACCGGACUGAGCAGCAACAGCAGCAGCAACAGCAGUGGUAGCAGCAGUCUGACCAACGCGACAACCACCAUCGCCAGCGACACGAUGUGGGAGGAGCUGACCGCCUCCAUGAACAUGGUGGACAACCACGUGCCGUGUGACGCCGCCUCCAGCGUGGCUGCCUCGUGCGCCAGCCACGUGAGUCACGUGGGAGCAGGGAACAUGAUGGCCACCGUUCCGGCCAUGAGCCGACAGAGCUGCAUGGCCAUCAAGUCAGAACCCAUGGACAGUGACUUCAAGCCGUCGUGUCAGUAUGGACUGCCCCCAUCCUCCUCCUCUAUAGCCUCCAUAUGCCCCAAAGGUGUUGACAAUUUCCUCUUCGAUUCACACUCAACAACAAACUCUAGUGGUAGCCAGUAUAGAAUAAGCAAUGGUGGACUUGAGAGAAACACUUCUUGCAGCCUAGGUGGCGUCAUGCCAGUAUUCAACAAUAUCACAGGGGCCCCCGUGAAAACGACUUUUAGCCCCUCCCACCCCGCGCUCAGCAGCAGUAGUCAUAUCGUGAUCCAGAACUCAUCCAGUAGUAGUGGGGGCGUGGUUAGUUUAGGAAGUCACCCCGUGCCCAGCAGCUCAGGCGGCUUCAUGUGCCCGCCCACUUCGUCCCCAGCGCAAAUGAACAACAAAUCAGGAGGAGGCUUCAACACGCAAAGCCCCGCCCCUCACGUCGUGCCCAACCUGUUCCUGCCCCCGACCCCACCCAACUCACAGCCGGGCAGCCCCAGCACAGAUGCCAUCCGCAGGACUCCGCCCCCGCCCUACCCCGGCAACUCCCAGCAGAUCCCCCGCCCCGUCCUAAGCCCCGCCCCCUCAUCCAUCCCUGUCACCAUUUCCAUGAUCACCCCGUCCACCUCCCGCUCAGAGCGACCCAGAAAGCAGCCAAUCACUCACCCGGGCUGUUCCACCAUCAAAUACAACAGAAAAAACAACCCGGAGCUGGAGAAAAGAAGAAUUCACUACUGCUCUUUUCCUGGUUGCAGAAAAGCGUACACGAAAAGCUCCCACUUGAAGGCUCACCAGAGAAUCCACACGGGAGAGAAACCCUACAAGUGCCAUUUCCAGACCUGCCAGUGGCGAUUCGCUCGUUCGGACGAGCUGACGAGACACAUCCGUAAACACACAGGGGCCAAGCCGUUCCGUUGUCAAGUGUGCGACAGAAGCUUCGCCAGGUCGGAUCAUCUGGCCCUGCACAUGAAACGUCACGAGCCCAAAAGUAAAUGAACACGCAGCCCGUAGACGAUGGAAGUUGAUCUUGAUGACCCGUGCGACGUUUCUGCCCGCUCAUCACAUGUACUCGCGACGCACGAUGAUAUCGUUAGUGGGGGAGACUGUCGCCAGACGGCUGCCAGACGGACGCCAGACUGAAGUCAGACUGGCACGCAAGCUGAAUUUGUCUGCACGCGCCUUUGGUGACAAGAGUCUAGUCGCAGUAUUUUUUGUCGUGACGCUGAGACCAGCCUGCUCUUACAUUGACAUUGUGCCCGGACCUGAAGCCAGCCCCCACCCCCACCCCCUCUUUACCCCCCUUCCCUGAACUGAUGUGACUGCAAUGCUCAAUGUGUGUAUAGGUGGUGGUGGUGACAGUUGAACCCUACCUUAACAGCUUUUUAUAAACUUUUGAGUUCUGAGCUGAGCUGUAUUGGUGAAGGUUUCCUGAACUUGUUACCUCGAGACCAACUGGGACCGACCGACCGACCAACCGACCGACAAAGACUCGCUCGCUCUCCUCUCAGCGUUCUGCUAGCUGCACAAAGUGUUUGAGUUUGAGUCUGCGAAUGUAUGUGCUAUUUUUUUUUUUUUUUGCCACAAGCCAAUAGUUCCCGUCUGUUUCAGAAGGUAGAUGAAGAAGAAAAUAGGGUCUAGAUCUAGUGUGUCUCAGUCUGAAAAAGUUUUUCCAGUCAGAUGUUUAUGACAUUUUUAUUGCAAUGAAUUUGGUGUUUGGAAUACAGUAAAGUAAAGAAGAAAGUGUGGAGAAAGGGGUGGGGGAGGGAGGGGAAAUUGGUAAUUAACAUAUCUAUAGUGAAAGGAAAGACGGAUGAGGCUUUGAUCUCAAACUAAUACGUGGUAUGUGAGGUAGAUAGAUUUAUGACUUUUUUCAUCGUAUAAUGGAAACGUAUGUUAUAUAGCAACAUAGUGUGAGAUAUCAGUUUAAUGUGAAGUGCUAGGAGAGAGAGAGAGAGAGAGAGAGAGAGAGAGAGAGAGAGAGAGAGAGAGAGAGAGAGAGAGAGAGAGAGAGAGAGAGAGAGAGAGAGAUGUCAUUGAAAACAUUUAUGGGUGACCUGCUAGUCCUAUUCAAAUAUUUUAAGACGAUAUUCACCAUGCAUUGCGCAAAAAUGCUCAUACUUAUACUAGUAGCUUUAAUUAUAGACCCAGAAAUGUUCACGAUUUUUCUGCAUUCUUUGUUUAAGUGUUCAAUCAAAGACACCUCUGCUAAAGCAUCUGGACUUAACAGUUUUAUUCUCCAAGUUCAAUAUUCGUCUCCUCCCCUCCCACUUCUCUACCCAUCUAGGCUAUUAUUUUUUAAUUUUUGUCGUAAAAAAUUUAUAUAGGCCUAUAUUAUAUUUUGGCGGUACAAAUCAUCACUUCUGAUACUGUUUUGUAGGUUUUCCUCUUACCUGCAACUAUAUUGAACUGUUCUGCUUCUUUUAAUUCUUCGAUCAAACCCCCCCCCUCCCAAACCAACUCUGAAGUUGCUUCUAUUUAUAGUUUUAUAGUUUUAUUAGAUCUGUUGUUGUUUCGCAGGGUAUUGUUUUUAACUUAUCCUACCUUCCUCAAACAAAAGAAGUGCGAUGGAUACUUGCAUUACUGAUUGUUGUGCGGUGAUAAACAUGGUUUACUGAUCAUGCUGUGAUGAAAAUGUAAAGUUGAUGUUGAUGAUUAUCGUGUGUUUUGUGUGUGUAUGCAUGUGUGUGUGUGUGUGUGUGUGUGUGUGUGUGUGUGUGUGUGUGUGUGUGUGUUUACGAGCGCACUCACGUAAGACGAAGGUAUAGCCAAAUCAUGUCAGAUGUUUCCAACUUUGUAGAAAAGGAUCAAAUGAGAAUGUGUCUGGAAGAAUCCAUUCAUAUUAAUCAGAAGUCUCAUUUCUACCCCCUGCCCAUUCGCGUCACACUAAAGGCGUUCGACUAAACUGUAAGCAAUAGUUGAAAUUUAAAUUUUAAUAACAAUGUUGUUUGUUUCCUGCGCUGCUGAACACUUUUUCUCCCCUUGACAUUAAUUGUAUUUUUGAAUAAGGACCGGUGCAAUACUUUCAAGAAGGAAAGCAUUACUUCGUUGACAUAUUCUUUGUUUAGUUUUCAAAAGCCCCGGAGAGAGAGAGAGAGAGAGAGAGAGAGAGAGAGAGAGAGAGAGAGAGAGAGA